GCAGAGAAACCAUGAUGCAAAAGUCUUGUGUCUCCCUCGCAAGUAUCGUCUGCUAUUAUGGAAGAACUUAAGUCAGCCCUAAAAUUGGAAAGAAUGGGCCUUGGCGCUCACCCGGUUAAGUUUUACUGAGCGCCUGGGGCGGUUGGACACCGUGCGAGAAGACUGACCCGAAGAGAGGAAAAGUGUGGCCGAAAGCCCACAAUCUGGGCCUCGACGACUUCCAGCCUCACCAGGAUCAGCAUCGCCUGGCCAGAGUCCAGGCCCGCAACCUGGACAGAACAGCUCCGCCAACCUGGGCGGUACGACGCCCAGCGAGCAAUGGGCUUCAGCUUUCCAUCACGCGCAUGCGCGGUCCUCUAUCUCCGGAGGAGUCCUCAGGUCAUCUGGACGCCGGCAUUUCAGCUACCUGCAGCUCCGCGUACCUUCUCACCCUUGACGACUCCUGCUGGUCCUCAACUCCGGCCCCGCUCCUUCCUCUUCCGCAGGCACCGCUAGGCCCUCGCGCGUUAACCCGCCGAUACCCCGGCUUCCACUGACACGAGUCUCCGCGCAGCGCCGCUUCCGCUUCCGGCGAGUAUUGUGUGUCGCGCCGCGGGGCGGGGGCGAGGGGAGGAGGAAGGAGGGAGGCAGCUCUCCGGCGGCUCCGCGCCCCGUACUCCCGGACCCGAAGCCGGGAAGUCUGAAUCCAUCCUGGUCUCUAAAUGUGCAUACAAUCAAGUCAUCCAGGUCAGGAGGCCACCUAAUGUCAAGAAGACCGGGGAAGGAGCAGACUAGUCAAAGUUGGAUUCUAAUGAGUGGAGAAAAAUCAUCCAGCCGAACUUCUCUCUUGAUAUUGACGGAAGAAAUUAUGGCCCAAAUAAUUUACCAGCUCUAACUCCAAAUUAAACAUUUCCCACGUCAUUAUACAGAAACAAUAAUUGUUAAUCCAACUCAUUACGUAGUCACUUCUCUGUCUGUGCAUAAACCUACCAAAUUUCCUUCCUUUGGUGGGUCUCUUGGGUGUGGUGUGGAGGGCAGAGGGGUUACAGGACUAGAGAAAUCAGCUUACUCCAUGUAUAAAAGUGUUGAUGUUUUAGAGAUGGAGUAGGGGACCAGUUUUCUGUUUUAUAAAUCAUCGGGAUGCAUUUCCAACACUGAGACUUCACCUGAAGGAGAUUUGAUUGUCUCGUUACUUUUCUUGUUUUAAUUCCAAAGCUCCAAAGGCUAUUAGUUGCAGAUACAGUAUGUCCAAGGAAUUAGUUAUCAGUAGCUAUUUUGAAGUCACCACUGAAUAUUUUGAAUAGACUCCAAAGUUCUUUCUUCAAAGAAGUUAUUGCCCUAGGCUCGGUGGUGUGUUCUUUAAUAGAGUUGCUAUACAUUUAUCACUUUUCAGCAGUUCCAGAUAUUCAAAUACACACAAGUAGAAAUGAAAGAUUUCAUUCCAAGAAGAGGACACACUUCUUCCUCUAGGCUAGUCCUGGUAAAAGGAAGAAUAAUUUCAAACAUUCCUUAAAAGAGGAGAUUGUUACCUUUGCCUAACUCAUUCAGUUUAUUACCCUUUGGAACAGGAAUGACAGGGAAUCAAGCUAAAGCUCCAAUGAACUCUUAACUCUUAUGUGACACUAAACUUUAGAAUAUACCUAAUUUAAGAAAUCUUAAUAUCUCGACUUAUGUGGCACUUUUUCAUUCCUAUGCUCCUCUUCUGUUUGUUAGGAUAAGAUCUCAAACUAAGAUGCAAUGAUCUGGAACUACUGUUUCUAAGACACAAGUAGGGUGAGACUGGACCAGAAGUAUGCUGGGCUAGAGUUCAAGGAAACUCGUGUUUCUAACAAGAGGAAACAGAAAUAAAAGAGAAGAGAGAUGGGAGUUGUGUGUCAGUUUGCUGAAGAGGGGGGAAAAAAUAAAACUUAGGUCAAAGACUGAGAGUCAUCAAAUUGAGAAAUGGAGAAAAAGAGAUUGUAUCUAGUGGAAGAGAAGAUGGAAAAUACCAAGAUGGGGUUAAAUCUAGAGUUAAGGUUUAACCUGGGGAUAAAUAUCAAUCCAGAGAUGCAAAAAAAAUUCAUCCUCCAACUAAUAUUUUUCCUUUCUCUGUCUCCGUACCCAUCCCCAAGUUAAAUAAUGGCAGAGACAAGCCUGUUAGAGGCCGGGGCCUCUGCAGCCUCCACAGCUGCAGCUCUGGAGAACUUACAAGUUGAGGCAAGCUGCUCUGUGUGCCUGGAGUAUCUGAAGGAGCCUGUCAUCAUUGAAUGUGGGCAUAACUUCUGCAAAGCUUGCAUCACCCGCUGGUGGGAGGACCUAGAGCGGGACUUCCCUUGUCCUGUCUGUCGGAAGACAUCCCGUUACCGCAGUCUUCGGCCUAAUCGCCAACUAGGCAGUAUGGUGGAAAUUGCCAAGCAGCUCCAGGCUGUCAAGCGGAAGAUCCGGGAUGAGAGCCUCUGCCCCCAGCACCACGAGGCCCUCAGCCUCUUCUGCUAUGAGGACCAGGAGGCCGUAUGUUUGAUAUGUGCAAUUUCCCAUACCCACCGGGCCCACACUGUCGUGCCAUUGGACGAUGCUACACAGGAAUAUAAGGAAAAACUGCAGAAGUGCCUAGAGCCCCUGGAGCAGAAGCUACAGGAGAUCACUCGAUGCAAGUCCUCUGAGGAGAAGAAGCCUGGAGAACUCAAGAGACUAGUGGAGAGUCGUCGACAGCAGAUCUUAAAGGAGUUUGAAGAGCUUCAUAGGCGGCUGGAUGAAGAACAGCAGGUAUUGCUUUCAAGACUAGAGGAGGAGGAACAGGACAUUCUACAAAGACUGCGAGAAAAUGCUGCUCACCUUGGGGACAUGCGCCGGGACCUGGCCCAUUUGGCUGCCGAGGUGGAGGGCAAGUGCUUACAGUCAGGCUUCGAGAUGCUUAAGGAUGUCAAAAGUACCCUGGAAAAAUGUGAGAAGGUGAAGACCAUGGAGGUGACUUCAGUAUCCAUAGAGCUGGAAAAGAACUUCAGCAAUUUCCCCCGACAAUACUUUGCCCUAAGGAAAAUCCUUAAACAGCUAAUUGCGGAUGUGACCCUGGACCCUGAGACUGCUCAUCCUAACCUAGUCCUGUCAGAAGAUCGUAAAAGCGUCAAGUUUGUGGAGACAAGACUCCGAGAUCUCCCUGACACGCCACAGCGUUUCACCUUCUACCCUUGCGUCCUGGCUACUGAAGGUUUCACCUCAGGUCGACACUACUGGGAGGUGGAGGUGGGGGACAAGACCCACUGGGCAGUGGGUGUGUGCCGGGACUCUGUGAGCCGAAAGGGCGAGCUGACUCCACUCCCUGAGACUGGCUACUGGCGUGUGCGGCUGUGGAAUGGGGACAAGUAUGCAGCCACCACCACACCUUUUACCCCUUUGCACAUCAAGGUAAAACCCAAGCGGGUAGGCAUAUUCCUAGACUACGAGGCUGGCACACUAUCAUUUUACAACGUCACAGACCGCUCUCAUAUCUACACCUUUACUGAUACUUUUACUGAGAAACUUUGGCCCCUCUUCUACCCAGGCAUCCGGGCUGGUCGGAAGAAUGCUGCACCACUUACUAUCAGGCCCCCAACAGAUUGGGAGUGACAGGUUGAGAUGUGGGAUUAACUGGGGUGAGGCAGGGUCAAAAGCUAUGGGCCUUCCUUCUUGUGUCCUGCUGGAACGUCUUGGUGUCUGCCUGGUUCCAGUCCUGAGUCAUCUUGGAGAAACAUUCUGGCCUCCAGGAUGGUUUGUGUGGAGGAGUAGGUAGGACUGGGCUGUAUGAUGGAGCACGGGUAUGUCUCCCUCCUCACCGUGGGGAGCUGGUUGCCAGGAGAAUGUCUCCCUGACAUCCAUCAGGUUUUCUAUUGCACAAGGAAAGGUUGGGAAGGAAGGAGAGACUUCCAGAAAUGAAAAGUCUAUGGGAGAGUCUAACUUGCUUAAGUAGGAGGAGAAAACAGAAACCCUUAGGGACUUCUUUGACCCAGAAUAGACUUGUUUUUUGAGGAAAAUCACAGGGGUCGGUGUACCUCUAGAUUGAAAAAAGAUGAAUGACCAUUGCUGUCAUGGGUCUAGAAGUUGAAUUUUUCUGAAGGCAGAGUUUGGACAUCAAAGUAGAUUACAAAGAAGAUCAGGUAAGAGGACUAAAGCAACAGAUUCCUAGAAACCAAUGAAGGAGAGGGAAGUUUCUUCGGUGUUCUAUUCCCAGGGUAAGGUUGCCAUUGUGAGUAGGAUUGGCCAGAGGUAGGAAUGUGGAGAAAAGGAAAGGAUGGGAAUAAAGGAGAACCUGUGUCCCUACCUUGGCCUUCUGCUGGCUAUUUGCCUGCCUCCUCACAGUUGGUGGUCUCCAAGAAGUUGCACGGCCUGUUCCUCUUCAGAGGCAAGGGGAAGAGAUUGUGCAAGACACAGCUAUACUUACACUUUUCCCAAAAGAACUUGGAGAGCAGAGAGUCGGGUAUUAGAGAAAAGUAUAUCUAUCCAAAGCCCUGGCCUUAAAGAAUGUUACUGAAUAACUAUUCCCAAGUCGUUAGCCUUGUCACCUGGCUCAGGUGUCCAAGCCAGAAAGGAAGAAAGAUAAGGGAGUCUUUCUCACCCUAAAGACAGGGUACAUUUAGGAAAGGGCUGGAUAGGCAGCUUCCUUUUGCCUGUGCAUUGGCCUGGAACUAGUGUUCACAACAGCCUUUUGCUUGUUUGUUGCCAUCCUUCACCCUUUGCCAUUCCCCUUUUUGAAUGUAAAUCAUUUUAAUGUUAGGCCAAAAUAAACAACCUAUAGGGUAUAUAUGUUGUCAAAAAAAAAGGUAAAGAGAUGCAUGCCAAACCAAACUAAAACAUCUUGGAUAUCUGCUGCUUGGGUAAUCUUCACAGAAGACUGACACAAGAAGCUGCAGUUUACUGAGGGCAUUUCAGUUCCUCUUACCACCUCAACUGGACUCUGUCCACUUUCCUCCUCUUACCUUUGUGCCUUGACUGUGGUUCUUUGUGGCAAGAUACUUUGGUUGGUAAAAAUAAUAUGGAACAAAGGAUCCACUGAAGUGA